AUGGAUCAGGUAUUGAACAAGGUGGGUUCGUACUGGUUGGGGAAAAAGGCCAACAAAGAAAUUAGCUCCGUUGGCGAUGAUAUUAACUCAUUGUCAACCAGUAUUGAAGGAGGAGCCAAAUGGUUGGUUAACAAGUUAAAAGGAAAAAUGCAAAAGCCGUUGCUGGAACUGCUGAAGGAAUAUGACAUGGCAAUAGGCAUUUUCCCUCGUGAUGCCACCAACUAUGAGUUCAAUGAAGAGACGGGAAAGUUGACUGUCUACAUACCAUCAGUCUGUGAAGUGGGUUAUAGAGAUUCUUCUGUCCUGCGUUUCUCAACUGUUGUAACUGGAUAUCUAGAGAAGGGCAAGUUGGCUGAUAUAGAGGGAAUAAAAACAAAAGUGAUGGUUUGGGUAAAAGUGACUGCUAUUACAUGUGAAAAAUCAAAGCUCCAUUUCACUGCUGGUAUGAAGAAAACUCGAAGCAGAGAUGCUUAUGAGGUUCUUAGAGAUGGCGUAGGUGUAGAUAAGUUCUAA